AUGGCUGGCCGUGCAAAAUCCAAGUGCAAGAAGCAACAUACUGCAAUUGUUGAUAAAGAAAAAGGUCUUGCAUAUGCAAUAAAAGUGUGGAAUAAUGACAAAAAGAAGCCAGAGGAAGAUCAGAGGAGUCUGCAAGCAAUUUGUUGUGAGGCAGAAGAAGAGAUGAACAAGAGGAAGAAGAAGCAUAUUACCAUUGACAGGUGCAACUUACUUGAGAGCACCAUCAAGGAUAAUAAUAUUGUCGAGGACUGCAUCUGGGCAGCAGACAAAACUGGCUUCCAGCCUGGGAAUGGACGCAAACAGCGUGUCAUUGGUCCUGCACAAAUGAAAAUGCAACAUCAGCAGCGGGAUGGAAACCGCAAGAAUAUCACUAUGAUGGUGACUAUCUGCGCUGAUGGUGGAUCAAUUGCGCCAACUAUUAUCUACAAGGGGAAGUCAUUUUUGACAAAUUGGCAUCAAGACAAUACUCUGAAAGCCUCAUGGCAACUGGCUGACCGGAACAUCAUUACCGAAGAGAUGAUGGCCCCAAGCUUGGAGACAUCAUCUCAAGUAUCGAAACAAUACCGAAGAUAUUCAAUGCACCCCAUUUCCAUCAACUCCCAUGCCAGGACUGUCACAAACUCCCCAUAUGAGUCAACCCUCCAGCCAGGACAGCAACAACAAUCCAUUCAUCAACUCGGGUUGCGGCAACACCUCAAUACAGCGGCAUCGACCACUUUGGCACACAGUCAGCUGGCAGCACAGGAGGAAAAACAGAAGAGAAGAAAGAAGGGUCAACUGAACAGUGAUGGACUGCCGAGAUUACUCACAGGUGAUGAAUUUUAUAACCGUGUGGUUGAGCAUCAAACCGCUUUGGAUGCAGCAAAAGCGGCACAAGAAGAUUGUUGUAAACAAAAGGAGGAACAAUCUGGGGUGUUGACAGAGUGGAAGAAGUUAGAAAAAUUGCGGAAAACCUGGAAUACGGCAUGCAGAGAAGCUUACCAUGAGGCCAUGCACUUGUGGAAGGAGGAAAGUAAUCUUGCAAAACAGGAGCGAAGGCGGGUGGGGUGGGGCAAAGCCAAAGCUAGGAAAGCUGGCAGUGAGGAUGAGCAAAGUGAUGAGAACAUUGAUGGCAUGGAGAGUGAUGGUGAGAGCGCAGAGGAGUAA